AUGCAGUCAAAGGUCAAAAAUAUUUCUGUUCAAGUAAUUAUUGAUCCUAUAAUUAAUAAUGAUGAUUAUGAAAAUGAUUUUCCUAUAUUUGAGGAGGAACUUAAAAUAACAAUAACUAUUACUUCUGAUGUACUAGUAAAGGAUGUCCACAAAAUAAUUAUGAAUCAUAUUGAUUUAGAACAUUUAUUAUCAACCUCUGAAGUUUUUUUUCUAUGCCCACAAUCAAAACAUUAUUUAAAUAUUUCUGAAUUUAAAGAUAUACCUACUAAUGUUGUUGCUGUUACUGGAACUCUUGAAGAUUUUAGUGGAAUUGUUGGUAGAAAUGCUAUAUAUAGAAACUUAGCUAGAUAUUUUGUUAAAAUUUUUUCUUUUACUAAAAAUUGUACAAAUAUUCCUGUUAUUGAAAAUGUAAUUGAAAGUAUUAAUAAUUCUUCAUUUAUAAGAAUUUCAAAUGAUACUUUACAUGAAGUUAAUAAAACACUUGAGAAUGAAAUUGAUACAAUUAGUAAUAAUGAAAAAAAUAUUUUACCAAACUUAUCAAAAGCCAAUACAAUUACAAAUUUAUUUUCAACAAUUAGUAAAAAAUCACAAAAACAACUAGGGGUACAAUCAUUUAUGAUUUCAAAUAUUGAUUCAAAAAUAACUGAUAAAUACGAUAUUUCAUCUAUUAUUCCACCUCCACCAAGAAGAGUCAAAAAUAAUAAUGGGCCGGUUUUACCAAAACAUUCAUCUGUCAGAACUACAACUCGCUGGAAACGUAAAAUAACAUAUGACAAAGAAAAAGAAAUUCCCAAACUUGAAUAUUGGUAUACAAUUAAUAAAAAUCCAAAGCAUGAAGAAAUGGUUGAAUAUGCUGAUUAUUUAAAUAAGCUUUCAAAGCGAUCUAGGGGUAGCGAAAUAAGUAUAUCAAAUAUCAAAACAUGGUUUAGAAAUAGAAGAUCUAGAGAAACAAAAGAAAGAAAUAGCUCUUUUUCAUAG